UGACAGUGAGGACGAAUGACGGAGCGGCGGCGGUGGCAGUGUCAGCCUCCGCCCGCCCUCCCGCCUUGCCUCGCCCCGCAGACAGCCGCCGCCGGGAGCUGCCGCGCAGGGCGGCGUGUCGGGGAUGCGGCGGCGCCGCUGCUGCCGGGGGCCCGCGGCGCUGCUGCUGCCGCCGCUGCUGCUGCUGGGGCUGGGCAGCCCGCUCGCCGCCAAAGGCAGUGAACAAACACAAGCCCUGGAUUGAGACAUCGUACCACGGAAUCAUAACCGAAAACAAUGACACUGUAAUUUUGGAUCCUCCGCUUGUUGCUUUGGAUAAAGAUGCACCUGUUCCCUAUGCAGGUGAAAUCUGUGCUUUUAAAAUCCAUGGACAAGAAAUGCCCUUUGAAGCUGUUGUGCUAAACAAGACAUCCGGAGAAGGUCGUCUUCGAGCAAAAAGUCCUAUUGACUGUGAACUGCAGAAGGAAUAUACAUUCAUCAUCCAGGCCUAUGACUGCGGGUCAGGACCAAGUGGAACAAACUGGAAGAAAUCUCACAAGGCAGUGGUCCAUAUCCAGGUAAAGGAUAUCAAUGAGUUUUCACCAGCUUUCAAGGAAAGUGUUUAUAAGGCCACUGUGACAGAAGGGAAGAUCUAUGACAGCAUACUUCAGGUAGAAGCCAUAGAUGAGGACUGUUCCCCACAGUACAGUCAGAUCUGCAAUUAUGAAAUUGUAACAACUGAUGUCCCUUUUGCCAUUGACAGAAAUGGUAACAUCAGAAACACUGAGAAACUGAGUUACGAUAAACAGCACCAGUAUGAGAUAAUGGUAACAGCUUUUGACUGUGGGCAGAAACAUGCAACAGAAGAUGUCUUAGUACGAGUUAAUGUCAAACCAGUGUGCAAACCAGGAUGGCAAGACUGGAACAAAAGGAUUGAAUACAAGCCUGGUUCUGGCAGCAUACCUUUGUUUCCCAGCAUUCAUCUCGAAACGUGUGAUGGACCGGUUUCCUCAAUACGUACCACCAUUGAGUUACAGACCAAUUACAUUGGGAAGGGCUGUGAUCGGGAAACGUACUCAGAAAAGUCUCUGCAGAAAUUAUGUGGAGCUUCCUCAGGUGCCAUUGACCUGUUACCAUCUCCCAGCGCAACGACCAACUGGACAGCUGGGCUUCUCAUGGAUAACAAUGACAUGAUUUUUAAAUUUGAUGGAAAGCAAGGAGCCAAAAUCCCGGAUGGAAUAGUUCCAAAGAAUUUGACUGAUCAAUUCACCAUCACUCUGUGGAUGAAACACGGGCCUAGUCCAGGAUUAAGAGCUGAGAAGGAAACUAUUCUCUGCAACUCUGACAAGACUGAGAUGAACCGCCAUCACUAUGCCCUGUAUGUGCACAACUGCCGAUUAGUGUUUCUGUUGCGCAAGGACUUUGAUCAGGCUGACACCUUCCGUCCUGCGGAGUUCCACUGGAAACUGGAUCAGAUUUGUGAUAAAGAAUGGCAUUAUUACGUUGUCAAUGUUGAAUUUCCUGUUGUUACAUUGUACAUGGAUGGAACAACUUAUGAACCUUACCUUGUGACCAAUGAUUGGCCCAUCCACCCUUCACACAUAGCCAUGCAGCUGACAGUUGGUGCUUGUUGGCAAGGAGGCGAAGUCACCAAGCCCAGAUUCGCUCAGUAUUUCCAUGGCAGCCUGGCCAGUCUCACUAUCCGGCCAGGCAAAAUUGAGAGUCAGAAAGUGAUUUCCUGUUUGCAGGCCUGCAAGGAAGGUCUGGAUAUUAACUCUCUUGAGAGUCUUGGUCAAGGAAUAAAGUAUCACUUCAACCCUUCCCAGUCAGUCCUUGUCAUGGAAGGAGAUGACAUUGAGAAUAUAAAUCAAGCUCUCCAAAAGGUCUCAUACAUCAACUCCAGACAGUUCCCUACUGCAGGCGUACGACGUCUCAAAGUCUCAUCCAAAGUCCAAUGUUUUGGUGAAGAUGUCUGCAUUAGUAUCCCAGAUAUAGAUGCAUAUGUAAUGGUGUUUCAGGCCAAUGAGCCCAAGAUUACAAUAAGUGGGAUGGACCACUUUGCUAGACCAGCUGCUCAGUUUGAAAGUGAAAGAGGAGUCAUUCUGUUACCUGACAUCAGGAUUGUCAGCACAGUCACUAAAAUGGAGCAUCCAAUGGACUUGAAAGAACAUGACAGAGCUAAUAAGCCAGUGCUGUUGGAGGAAAUGCUGCACAACUUGGAUUUCUGUGAUAUUUUGGUCAUUGGUGCAGAACUGGAUCCUGAACAAGAGUGUUUAGAACUGGAUCAUGUGGAGCUUCAAGGAAAACAUCUAGAUGCCACAAAUUCCACAGCAGGAUAUUCAAUCUAUGGUGUGGACAGCAUGCACAACUAUGAACUGGUUCUUCGGCAGAUUCGGUAUCGGAACUGGGACACUUCUGCCACCUUUGAAAGAAAGUUCAGAGUCAAGUGCUCAGAGCUAAAUGGACGUUAUACGAGCAAUGAAUUUAACUUGGAGGUUAACAUUCUACACAGCUCCAACUCCAACUUCAUGGACCAUGUAAAUCAUAUGAUAGUACAACCACAGUUUCUCCAAUCUGUCCACCACCCAGAGGCAAGCAUAACAACUGCUAUUCACAACUCAGUUGUUCCAAGUGUGGCUACUAUUGUUAUCAUAAUCUGUGUGAGCAUACUCAUCUUCAUCAUCACCUUGGGGAUCUAUCGAAUUCGGACAGCUCAUCAGCACAGCUCUACAGACAAUGAAGGAAGCAAAGAAAAUGAAAUGGAUUGGGAUGACUCUGCUCUGACUAUUACUGUCAACCCCAUGGAGAAAUAUGAAAAGCCUCACCAGACAGAAGAGGAGAGUGAGGAAGAAGACAUAGAAGAUGAAGAUGAUGAAGACACCACCAGUGCUGAAUCAGAUGACAGUGAAGAGGAGGAGGAUGAGGAGGAAGAGGAAGUGAUUAUCCAAAAGGCAGACAAACAGAAUGUCACCAGGCAAGAGCAGUUGGAGUGGGAUGAUUCAACACUGCCAUACUAACAGCCCUCCAGCCAUAUUGCUCUUUUGUAACAACCAAUACAAUGUUUUUUCAGAGUCUAUGAAUUCAUAGACAGGAUCGGAACUUUUGCUUGCCCGUAACUUUUGCCUAUAGUGAUCUUGUUGUAGUAAUUGAUAAUGAUAGAACUGACCCUUUUCUUACAAAGUUUGGGGGAAAACGUGUUACAAACAUACUGGCGCCACCAGUAAUAAGGUAAUCUAGAUCUUGAUCUGUUAGCAAGCAUAGUUCCCAAUUUCCUGUUUCUAUACCACAGAUAUGUGACAAAAGCCCUGUCACUCAAUCCAUAGAGGUUUUUGCCUUUGCUAUUUUUUUCAUACAGGAGAGAUUUCAUCUUGUUACAAAGAAUUACUUGUGUGGGUCCAAAUAGCAGUUGCCAUUUGACUUCACACUCUUGCAGUGUAAAAUAUAAUCCACCUUCAAACUGGGCAGAGUUUUAGCGCUACAGGUGACAGAGACUGAAUUCCAUUUGUGGUUUUGUCCUGCCUUCUUGGAUGUUAACUAUCUUUCUUCUACAAGGGAAUGUCUAGGACUUGUCACAGGAUGCAUGUAUGCCUGUGUAAAAGUGGACAGUGUACUUUUCAGGCAUGCUGUCAGAACCCUCAAGACAGAGAUUCUAUCCAAACCACCCCUAGAAACUUAAGAUAAGUUUGAAAAAAACAGCAACAAGGGGCUGCUAAUGGUUACAAAGAAAGCAAUCAUUGUAUGUCCACAGUUCGAGUAAUAUGAUCUUAUGCAAACUGUAAAUUCUAAUGGGACUGAUUUACUGAAAACCUGUAGAGCUGCUCAUUAGUUAUGGAUUGAGCAAUUUGCAGCAAAUCAAUGCUUUAAACCAUCUGUCUUGUAAAAUCAUUAGCUUGCUGCAGUAUCUUCCUGAAGUAGUGGAAAAUAAGUGACCUCAUUAUUCCAUAGCUGUAUAUGGUUGGGAUUUAAACAAUGAUUUUACAUGAGGAAAAUGUUCCCUUUUUCUUUAGUGAAUACCGGCUGGAAUUCCUGUCUGACUGUAUUCUGUAAAACAUUAUGCCCUACUUCUUGUCUACCCUCACCCACCUAGGAAUGGAGAAAGUGACAACAUACACAACUGUCAGCUCUCAUUCGUGCUCAUAAUUCUCCCUUAUUUGUUCUUCCUGAAGCCAUUAAUGUUGAGAAACAGUUUUAUAAAGUAGAACAAGAACAAAUAAAACCUACCUGGAACCAAAAGAACUGAAAACAAAACCUAAACUCUUUAGAGGUUGAGAGAGUAUUUUAGUUUGUUAUGGUAACACAGCAUAUUUUUCUUAAACACUGUUUAAAAAGAACAAAAAAAAAAAAGAAAGAAAGAAAAGAAAAUCUACAUACAGUGUGGUGUUAAGUCUGUGUGGUGUGUUUUUUGUCCCCUUAAUUCUCUUUGCAUCUCCAAAUGCUCUGCAUACCAAGUGAUGCAGCACUUGCUAGGAUAAUGUUCUAUUGGCAUGGAAGUGAACGCUGCCUAGUAGCUUGUCUGGUGUUUUUCAAAGCACUUACUUCCUUUGUAAUUUCAUCAUUGACUUUUGAUUUUGUAAUUUGCCGUUUUAAAUGAGCUGCCUCCUCUUCUGUCUCCCAGAGAAACAAGCAGUCAGUAAGUCUUGCCACAAAAGGACGUUCCUGAGCACCCAUGAAUGGUAGCUGGUCUUGCAUAGUAACUCAACUUGAGCAACCUUGAGGGAAUCCGUCAAUACUAAAUUAUCAGCAGCUUCUAGAUAUCUUGGAAUAUAGAGAAUAUAUCCCAUGGGGGUUUGGGGAGUAUUUUAAUUCCAGUUUCUGCAUCUGAUAUUUGCAGAAAAAGAUUGACAGCAACUGGACCUUGUAGUUUAAUAAGUAGGAAGUAAAUAAAAAAGAAAACUAAUUUUUCAACUAGCAAUUUUCAUGGUCUUUUUUUGUUGUGCCAACAAUCAUGCAAUCAUAGAAUUGUUUAGGCUGGAAAAGACCUUUAAGAUCAUCCGGUCCAACCACUAACCCAGGUCACAGCUAAACCAUGUCACUCAGCACCACAUCUAGACACCUUUUAAAUCCCUUCAGGGAUGGUGACUCCACCACUUUCCUAGGCAGCCUGUUCCAGGGUUUGACAACUCUUGUGGGGAAAAAAUGUUUCCUA